AUGUUCGCGCGCGAGUUGAAGUUUAUCUUCAAUCAUGUCGUUCAUCCGUCAAUGCUACCUCAACACAAUGAUACAGAGGUCAACGAUCUGGAGGGCCCCAUGGAGCAAAGCUUGUAUCAGGUGGCUCUUGAAGCCCUAGAAGGAUUCGUUCAAGCUUGUCCGCCAGAAUUUACAGGACCCUGGAACACUGUUAUCAACAUGCUAGAGCAUUGGAAGGAGAUUGAUAAGCAUGAGACUGUGUGUGAAGACACCUUGACCUGUAUCUUGUCUGAUCUACGAAAACAUGGGGCUGUAGCGCUCUAUAUCCGCGCUCAGAAUUGUGGCUUUCUAGCCUACUUUGACCGGGAUCGUGACAGAUUGAUUUUUGAUGCGUUUGAAGCGUCUCCCCGAGCGGCAGAUGUGCUACGCGCGCCUGGGAGUCUGCUCCGUCAAUUCCCUGGUCAGAGCGUGGAAAUUCCAGCAGCCAUGACUGAAAAACCGGACUUUUGCUCUUGGUUAGCAGGACAGAUUAGUCGCCUCUUCAUUGAGACUGUGAACAAGAUGGUUCCUACUACCAGGAAAGCCGGAGUUCAGGCUCUGGAGCUGCGCGAUACUGUCCAUCCUGGAAUGGUUACUGAAAACAUAAUGAUCCAGCUUCUGGCACACGGUAAUCAUAACAGCUGGCCAUGCUUCGAGAAGCACAUGCAGGAUGAAGUCAACUGGAGGUCCAGUAAACAUCCUUGGAGGCGGUCUCCUCUUUGGUUUGUGAUGCGUGUGGCACUGCAAACUGUCCUUCGACGCACUUUCACAGAUAUCAAGGGGCAGACUCAAUAUAAGAAUUUCAUGCUCUACCUCAUUGCCGAAAUCGCGAUAAAAGCCAAUCACAUGCCAGCAGCCCUCUCUGCUGAUCAGCUACAGAUCAUUCGCGCUAAAAUGGCCCGUCGAAUCACCAAGCUCGAUAGUGGCGUCUAUGAUUUUGUGGCGCAGCAUGUACUCUCGGCGGACAUAGCCCUUAAGACCAGAUUGGCGAAAGUUCAGAUGACAAUCCGAAGAAAUGAUUCAGUCGCUAUCCCGCACAAUAUCGUAUGUACCCAACAAGACCUGCAGUUGACUCUCCCUCAAUCAUCUACCUAUCUUGCAGCAGCAUUAUCCUCAGGCCUUGCAGAAGAAGUGACUUCACAAUUUGAUGGCCACGGUCAGAUUCGAGACUCCCGUGAUAGUCGGGGCCUUCCCAUCCCAAGACAAGAUGACCUCUUGUCUAUUCUGGACUUUGACCGAUGGGUUGAAUAUGAUAUGGGUGGCUGGGCUGAGUCGGUGCCUCUAUCAGAGGACCUCAUAUCUGUGUUAGCGGAUCGAUUCGGCCAGUAUGACAGAUAUGGGUCUCAACUGUUUGCGGGUAACCCUGUGGCAGUGUCAACUAUGCGACUGACCCAGUUAGAAUUGUGGGUCACCAUCGACCGCAUGUGCACCGUGUUGUGCCCGCUUUUGAAGGAUUAUUCACCUGAAAUCCCGGCCGAAUUUCUCGAGCCAUUGCUGUUACCCCAGCGUGGUCAGAUGCGCAGAGCCCAAAAAAUUGAGAAUUAUAUCCGAGCUCGGCAUCGGGACCAGAACCGUGGGUCCAUAUUCCGCAACCCUGAAUCCGAGAACUUUGCGGUCUCAUAUUACGAAUCCUCGGGAAGACUUGCGCAAUUGCGACAGGAUAUUGAGCAAUACGCCGAGGGCAAAGUGCACGAGAAAAGACGCGAAUGGGAAUCAAAAUCAAGUCGAUACCAUAUGCUACAAUACCAAGCUGGACAGCUCGAACAUGAGAUGGAGCUGAACUCGCGAGGACGCUACAACUGCGUGUCUACGUGUAGGAAAUGCUCGUUCAUAAACCAGGCAUCAAGCAUCCUCAUCGAUAUCUAUGAGUGGCCUCUUCCGGAGAAUGAAAGCACAAUUAAGACUGUUCUUUUUGAACUAGCCUGCCCUCAUUGGUUCGUGGCAUGGCGCGAUCUCACCUGGAAAAUCCUUCAGGACUUUGGGCGACGGGAGGUUAAAAGGGCCCAGGACAUGGAGCAGAAUCUGCUGAACUAUGGCGAAACCCACGAUUUUGCCGUGCAGUGGGGCCAGCGCCUCACUCUAGGUUCCAAGACGAAGUCAUGGCGACGGACCCAUUACAAUCCUCAGCCCUUUCCGGUGGACUUUGAGAAGAUCAACCUCCCAAAUCCGCUCCAAUUCAAGCUCCUAGACAGUGCCAGUGACUGCAAUAGCUGGGUUACCGACCAGGCCAAAUCUUCAACACUCAAGCCAUUGUGCACAUUGGAGCUUCCUCAAGGAUCCUAUUCCCAUCUCCAAUAUGCGGUGGAUUCUUUUCGACAUACCCAGAACGAGGUACUCGCGGAUCAAGCCCACUGUCACCCCACGCUGAGCCUACAUGAAUUUAUCGCAUUCGGCUGCUUACGAGCGGGUGAACGCGUACAGUGGCUCAACAUAUUACGUGAGCUCGCGUCUCCUGCUCUUUCGCUAAAUCAAGAGUCAGUCGGCAUUCUGAUCCGCCAGGCGGCAUGGGAGUUAGGCACUCCCGGCGACAGGACGGAGUUGAGAGAAGCCCACCGCGUCUUCGAGGACGUAUCUUUCAGCGAGCGUCUUUUGGAGACGUUGGAACACCGCCUCGACUCUAUUGAAGCCAACUGGAAUGAGCAUCAGACUCUCCAAACGCUGAUCGUCCUCGGUCUCCGCACGCUCAAUUUGUCAAGGGCAGGUUCGGUGGUCGAACGAGCUGCCGCAUUCAUACGUCGCGGUCGACGGGUCACGAUACGAUGGAUUGAGAAUCUGAUCAAUGCGCUGGAUUCGCAUUUUGGCGUGCAGAGUGAAGCGCAUCAGGAACUACUUGUUCGAGUUGGAGGCAUUUGUCAGCUCACAUAUGCCGUGGAGUCAGACCAUGUGACGACCAUCCUACGCAGCUCCGAAGAUCUUUUCCAUCUAACCCGCGCCUCCAUCGUUGUCUUUGAGAACACUCCACCAGAGCUGAGGUGUAAGAUGCCGGCGGCUGCCGGGUGGGUGCGGACCUCCAGAAUCCUCCAUCAUGUGGAGACACGUACCCGUCAGCUGGUUCAGCAGGAUGCCUCAGGAUUCAAUCAGGCAGUCAGAAAUAGUGUGCCUAACCUGGCAAUAACUAACACCUGGAGCUUCGGGAACGGCAAUUUGACCCGAUGGGCGGUCAAUCAGGUAGCGCCGGAUGGAACGCGACAGAAGCGGCAGGUACGGUAUGAUCUGCUGAGUGGGGAGCUCCUCGUCGAUAAUUCGCCGCCCGGCCGUCUCCCCGAGAGUUACAGGCAAGACCCAUCCUACAAGCGAAUUUUUGGCUUGCGAACACUCAUUGUCGUCCCAUCAAAUUUGCCUGGAUGUAGAUUCAUGUCCGCGCGACCAUUUGAAGGCUAUCAGGUUCAUUUUGGACAGGAAGAAGAUCGUCUUCUUGUCAAGGCUGAGAAGGCCGGUCAAGUGCUCAAAUUUAUUCCGCACGACUGGCUUCAGGGAGACUUUCCCCAGUGUCUGCUCACAGAUUACGCACACUGGCUCAACCUGGAAGAUGAAACGCUGGAAUUCCGUCCACUCGCGCAGGCAUGGCAGCCUGAUCAGCGUAAUUGGCGUCUUUCGACCAACUUCACGGAUGCAGAACCGGCCGUCAUGGUGCGACCUCGUUGCACGAUGAUUGGCGUCCAUAGCCAACUUUUCAGCCAACUGUCCAAUUUACUGGCGGCAUUGGAUAGGCCAGAUCAUAUGAUUGUGUAUCAAAAUUCAGAGGGCAUCGUCGUAGUCGAUAUGAUUAGAUUACGGCUGCGGUUUCUCGUCAAUGGAGACGGUCUGUUAGAAUCUCCUGAGUUGCAUGCCAUCGUCGACAGGGACCAGGAUAUCGGAUGUUUUUAUGGCCUCAAGAACAAAUUGGUUCUACAAGACAUCAAGGAAAAGAGCCAACGAUCGGUAUUGAUACCGUUUGGGGACGCUCAACUGUGGAAGGCGAGACAUCAUAGUGUCGUCCAAAUUGAGCCACCAGAGGAGCGUCGCAUCCGAUAUUUCCAGUACUUUUUGGAUCGAGAUAUGCAGGAACUUCGAGGCCCAUCUGAUAUGCUGGGAAUACUCUACCAGGCUUAUAUGCAUGCGCUCACCGGCUUUGUUCUCGCGGAUCCCUCUAUCCAGCGACCGGGAACCGCCGAAGCCCUUCGAAUCUUGCGGCAGGCGAGGUUGCGGUCACCUUUGCCCCUCGAAAAAGAGAGCAUCAAGCUGCUGGGGCGUCUGGCAGCAUUGACGCCACGACGAACGUAUUAUCCAAGUCAUCUGAAGACCAUGCAGUCAGUCGAGUGGAAUAGCGAUCUCGGGGAACUGGCACAGCACGACGACUUCCGGGCCCUCGUUCAAAUGAUCGCCGACCAUGCUCAGUCAUUCUCUAUGUUGCAUAAUGUCAGCACGGAGGAUCAGGAGGCAUACGUGAAUUGCUACCAGGAUCGGGGUGAGCCACAUUUGAUUGAGAGGGCCCGUUUCCGCAACGCGCAGUUCUACCCUGCUGAAUUCGGGGGCAGCAUAGUGCGCUCCGCACCGACGCCGUCGCCGUAUUCGGCGCGCGACCGCGGCAGCGGGAGUGAACGAAGCGGCCGUGUCUAUGAGGUGGCGACUCUAAUUCGUGACUGGCCGAAAUGGGUACCGCAAUGUUCAGAACUGUAUUCGACAGUGAGCUCAUGGAAACACGUGCAGCUUGCUGCCAUGCGUGUUGCUGACCUUAAUUAUAAUGAGCUACUGGAAUUGUCAUUCGGAGACGCAUGGGGCGCUCUGUAUGAGCUGUGCCGGUCGCCGGAUCGGCGACAGAGCUCAUACAGCCUCAUGUCUCUCUUCUGUAUAAUUGCUUUCAAAGGAGACGAGCAACUGUCCAACCUGCGACCGUUACUUUCGGUUGCAUUUUCGGGUCAAUUUGCUGAUCUUCCGGUGCCGGGCUACGGGGAACGGGGACCCGUGCUCAACUUGCAGCGAGGAGAAGAGCCUGUUCCAUCCGAAAUUACAGCUCUUGUCAGCUCCCAUUACGCUCCAUUCCAAAACUGUUCGCCUUUGUCAAAUCUGUCAAAAACAGGAGGGAAAGAGAUUCAGGAGGACCGAGAAAGGUAUAGUCUGGAAAAGGAGAUAUACUUGACUCAAUGCCGGGAUCACGUCAUGGAGCAAUGGCCGUGCGAAAGGCCUCAGCUCCAGGGUUGUUCCCAACUAGACUACGAAGGCGCCUCAAAGGCUUGUGCUUUGCUGUGUACCCAGUGGUACCAAAAUCGCACCUUCCUGCGAUUCCUUCGAGAGGUCCAGGCUCGGCUAAAUACGAGUGGAACCGAACCACUGGGGCCUGUUCGGAACGUUCCGCCAGCGCCGCUUCAUCUUAAUUCCGCCAGAACAACAUAUUGCCCACCCUCGCUACUGGGCCUAAUACAGUCACGUGAUAUCAUGACUACCGUGCCUAUUCCACAGCCACCUCCUCUGAAAUUUUCCAGGCAUCGCCUUCCCACGCGGCACAGAAGCGCGACAACUUCGAAGCUCCUUGCCCUUGUGUCUGAAUUUCGUAACAAUGUCGAUCCAGACUAUCGGGAAUAUGGGGACGGCCUUCAGGAGAGCCUCGACGCCUUAGAAAUAAGCGAUUUGCCAUGUUUACCUACGUCGCUACCUGUGCCGCGCGAUGUCCUUGAGUGUGAAUGUCAUAUGCUCGAACGACAGACAGAGGACCUCUGGAAUUGUCUUUAUCGAGCAUUGAGCGCUACCAAUAGAGCCACAGAAAAGAUCGCGAGUGGCCUACUCUGGCCACAAAUCAAUGUGCUCUCUAUCUUGUCACUCCUCGUGGCUAAUCAAUGGCAGCGAGUUCCAGAGUUGUGGAAGACUCCAAUACUAAGCUUCGCUAAGUGUGUCGCAACUUUACGUCGCUGCAGACGUCUUCUACUCUUCUACGACCGGGUCGAUAUCGACGGCUUUUUCAAGGAAGCCGAGGCUGCGGAGUGUGAAGGAUGGGAUGCUGCGACAAGACCGGAAUGGCUUCUACUUGAGAUUGAGAAUAACAUCACCAUUCGUGCCUGCCAAGCCGAGGUUGCACAGCGGAUCAUCUGCCCUGACCCGCCUGGAAACUCCGUUCUGCAGUUGAAUAUGGGCGAAGGAAAGACCAGCGUGAUUACUCCUAUGGUCGCGAUGGUACUAGCAGACGGCUCCCAAGUACCACAAAUCAUUGUCCUCAAACCCCUCUUUCGGCAAAGCUUAGAUAUACUCACUCAGCUACUGGGCAGGAUACUGGGUCGACCCAUCUAUCAUGUGCCUUUUUCGAGGGAUACCCCUCUCGAUAAAAAGAUGAUCAAAGCUUUAAGGAUGAUUUACGAGCAAUGUCAAAAGAAUCAAGGAGUCUUGAUCGCGCUGCCGGAACAUAUUCUAUCGUUUCGUUUAGUAGGGCUAGACCUGGUGUACCGGAAGCCAAACCUAGCCCAGAAAGCGAUCGCAUUAGAGGCGUGGCUGCAAGAUAAUUGCCGGAAUAUCAUUGACGAGAGCGACGAGAUUCUCGACCCCAAAUUUCAGUUAGUGUACACUGUCGGAAAUCAACAGUCCCUGGAUGGGCAUAGUGAUCGCUGGCAAAUCGUGCAGGGCUUGCUGUCGGUGGUGGAACAGCAAGCGAGAGAACUCCAUGUCCAGGACCCGGCCAGUAUUAAUUUUGAGUACCAUGGUGCUCGGUACCCUGUUUUCCACUUUCUGAAUGCCGACGCGGUAAAUGUCUUGGUAGACAUGGUUCUAACGUCUAUCAACGAACAAGGUCUACCCGGACUACCGCUGCAUCUCUGGGCCCGCCAUAUCCGUCAUCGCGCAUUCAAUUUUAUCCGGUUCCCUGACCUGACGCCGCUGGAGGUGCAGGUCCCCCGAGACACUUUUGGGCAGGGGAAUGUCUUGCGCAAAUUGCUGGCUCUGCGUGGCUUCCUCGCCCACGGCAUUCUCGGGUUCGCCCUAGCAGCAAAGAGGUGGCUUGUGGACUACGGCCUUUCUCCGAGCCGAUGCAUGAUGGCAGUGCCGUUCCGGGCGAAGGGAGUUCCAUCCGAGCACGCAGAGUUUGGCCAUCCAGACGUGGCAAUCAUUCUGACGUGCUUGAGCUACUACUACCACGGCCUCAGUGUUGAGCAAGUUCGGCAUUGCUUCACCCUGCUAGGGAAGGAGAAUGACCCUGAGGCUGCGUACCAAGACUGGAUCCGUAGAGAUGUAUCCACUCUACCUGAGGAGCUCCGAGCGCUAACCAGUGUUAACCUGGAAGACACAGGGGCUUUUUUGAAAAUUCUCUACCCUCAUCUGCAGCAUCAGAAAGGACUCAUCGACUUCUAUCUUUCGCGAGUUGUAUUUCCAAGGGAGGCGAAAGAAUUUCCUCACAAGCUAUGCACUUCUGCGUGGGAUCUGCCCUCAAAGUCUGACCGGCCACUUACCACUGGCUUCAGCGGGACUAAUGAUAACCGGUUCCUUCUUCCACAUUCUGCGCCGCAGCAUGAUCUACCGGAACUCCUGCAUACCAAUGCGAUGGUCUUGGGCCACCUUUUACGCGAGGAGAACAAGCGGUGUAUUCUAGCACAGGAUACGCAAGGCUGUCAACUUCAGGCGGAGCAGCUCCUCGAUCUCAUUUCCCGGCAGGAUCCCCCGAUUCAGGUCAUCAUAGACGUGGGGGCGCAGAUUCUCGAACUGAGCAACAGAAGCGUUGCGCAACGGUGGCUUUCUACAACUGCAUCCGCUAAUGUGGAGGCCGCCAUCUUUUUUGAUGAGUCUGAUGAGGUGGUUGUGCUUGAUCGUGGAGGACACGUCGAGAGACUAGUAUCGUCCCCAUUUCGACAACACAUGGCGAAAUGCCUAGUGUUUCUCGAUCAGCAACAUUCUCGCGGUGUAGAUCUGAAGCUUCCCUCGCAUUAUAGGGCCGCGGUGACAUUGGGUCCUCGCUUAGCCAAAGAUAGACUAGUACAAGCAUGCAACAGGAUGCGAGGAAUAGGUCAAGGGCAAUCCGUGACGUUUGUUAUUCCACCUUGUGUGAGUCGCAAUAUGUCAUCGCAGGGCACAGCCAUCACUUCACUCGACGUGGUUCGAUGGGCCCUAGUCCAGACAUGCAAUGUUUUCAAAAGUUUGGCCCCGCUCUGGGCAUCUCAAGGGCUACAAUAUCACAAGCGUCAAAUAGCAUGGGAUAAGUUGUUGCGAGCGGAAAGCCCCCCGCAAGAGGCCAUUCGGCAUAUGCAAGAACCUGAGGCCCGGACCUUGUCUCAAUUAUACGCCCCAUGGAACAAACCCGAGGCUUCGUCUGUUGACGAAAAGCUGGAUACGAGUAAUUCUGCAAUACAAAAACUCUUGAAUGUUUGGGGGAACUCAGGUCGAGGUAUGCAACAGGGGCCUGGGUUGCACGAGGAACAUGAGCGUCAAAUUAGCCACGAAGUUCAGAGAGAGCAGCAGAGUUGUCGACCUCCCGGGCUUCCUGCAGCACUUCACCGUGUCCAUGACGACGUUCGUUACCUCGUAACCCAUGGCACUUUGCCUGAAAGCAGUUCCACUGCAGUUCGACCAGCAUUUGAGAUCUUUCGGCAAACUUCGGCGGGCCAGUUUGACUUUCCGACUUCACUAGCCCCUCGUCUCUUCGCGACAGAGGACUUUACUUGCACUGUAAAGCAAAGAGAACAAGCUUGUACCGAUGAUUUUCUUAAGCCCGCUCACUGGGUUCUUGCGAAUGCGUACAACCAGGAACUGCUCCUUCUGAGUCAGUACGAAGUCAACGAGCUCUUCCACCUCAUCCGGUCCUCGCAGAAGACAAGACUGCUCAUUUACACUCCAAAAACAACAAAAAUCAUGCGGUCGUUCGACUCUCUGGAUUUCCUACAAUUAGGCCUCGGUCUUACAAUGCCCCGUCAGCCUCAAGCUACCGCUCAGGAUUUGGGUCUAUUCGCUGGCACUCUUUACUUCGAAUCGUUCUCUAUCUACGAAAGCUUUCGCCAAUUCCUCGGGUUGGUGACUGAUAGCUAUCGAGAGAUCCCAGAGGACCAAGUGACCAACGAAGGUUAUGUCGACUCAGAUACAAGAAUGGCCCAUAAUUGGCCUGUAAAUUCUCCCUUUCGUUCAUGUCCAUUGCAGUUUUUGGGUGCUGUUCUAGAUAUACGUAGCAAGAGUCACGGAUACUUACAGACUCAUGCUGGCACGAUCGUGGAAACAGUGCCACUUAGUGCAACCUACUUCUAAGGGAUUGGCUGCAAUUGGUAACUGCAGCGAAUUAUCCAGCCCACACAAACUUGUUGCAAUGUUUGAUAUACGGUGAUUAUAUUAAUUUCGAGCAAUACAUAUGCCUG